CAGAAGCUCGGAUUUUAACUGCUACAGAAGUUGGCAGCAGAGGCCUCGAUAUUCCCGCAGUCGAUUUUGUCCUUAAUUUCGAUGUGCCCCUUAGCUCCAAAGACUACAUCCACAGGGUGGGAAGGACAGCUCGGGCAGGGCGCAACGGAAGGGCCCUGACUUUAGUCACACAAUAUGACGUCGAAAUGUACCAAAGGAUUGAAUUUGCCCUCGGGAAGAAAAUGGAAGAAUAUCCAGAUUUGCCGGAGGAGAAGGCGAUGGUGCUGCACGAGAGGGCGCUGGAGGCUCUGAGGUAG